AUGGCCACGGCGACCAACUCCGACUCGGGCGGCGACGACGUUGCUCAAGUCUUGCUGGCUUUCAAGAAAAAGCAGCACGACUGCGAAACAAGAGGUGCUGGUUCUCCUUCUUCACCAAUGAUCGAGGUGGAUGACGGCAAAUCUAUGCACUCUGAACAGGAUUCCGGCAGCGAGGUCGCCUCGGGGUCUUCCUCCUCCUCCUCUUCUUCUUCCUCUUCCUCCAACACCUCGGUCACGUCGGCUGAACGUCUUGAUGCUGAUUGUCCCUCCAUUCAUGGAUCUCGCCUACAUCGUCGCCGUCGACCCCACGGCAACGGUAAACACAAGGCCAACAGUAUGAGUGGGGUCAACAAUGACCCCACCUCCCUGAAUGCUGCUGUGACCAACGAUGUAGCUGGCAAGAUAGGCAAAUCUGGUACCCUCAACCCCGGUGCUUCACUGAAACAAAUCAGGAGCAGCGACAACCAAGGUCUACAACCCACCGCCCCACCUCAGAAGGCCGAGGCCAUCUUGGCUCAAAACGACUCGGAUGACACCCCGGACCGCUCCGACGCGUCUUCCAAUUCGGGCAAUAGUGGAGACAAGUCCAGCUCCACGACCAAUUCCUCCAAACCAUCAACGGAUGUCGCCUCGCGCGUCUCAGCAGCCGGCCUUUCGCGGGCCCCUGCAUCGGCCAGCGAUCGCACCGAAAAGGCGGAGCUUGGUCAGCUGCUCGAUAAGGAUGACGAUACCGCAAGCAUGGACACCGCACAGACGCAGUCGACGCGGCGUAGCAAUACUGGUGGCCGCAACAACAUGCCUCACGAAGUUACCAGUCGACUCAAAGAAUGGUUUUUCGCCCACACUAGCCACCCCUACCCCAGCGAGCAGAAAAAGCGCGAGCUGGCAAGUCAAUGUGACCUGACGCUGCAGCAAAUUAAUAAUUGGUUCAUCAACGCCCGACGCCGGCUCUUGAACCGGCCACCCAAGCGUUCAAACGGCACAGCCCUGCGGCAGGUCACUCGGAAUGCCGCAAGUCGUGUCGAGACGAGCGAGUCCUCAGAAAGCUCCGGUCCUCGAGCCAAGCACGUCAAGCGCGGGGAAGAGGGCUUGCAAGAGCUGGAUAGCUCAGAGGCAUCGGAAGGCAACGAUCACAGUGAAAAGCCAUCUUCAAGCGAGGAAAGCUCCAUGCACGACUACGCCCGUCAAAUGCGUCUGCUUGAGCAAGAGGUCGUGGCACUGCGCAGCAUUAACCAGCAGCAACAGGAACAAAUCAUUCGUCAGCAAGAAAUUCUGAGCCACUUGCAGCAGCAGGAGCAGGAACGUCUCAUGCGUGAGCGCGCCUCGAUGAUGAUGCAUCAGGAGAUGUUGCAGCAGCAGAAUCGUUACAUGGGUUCAAUACCCAAGCCCAACGUACCGUCACCGGGUAUGCCCGGAGGUCCAAUGGUCGCAGUCACCGUCCCUAACGGAGUCGGAUCAGCUCGCCUACGGCCAGGCCAAGCAUCAUACCUAGGUGGCCCUACGCUACCACCUGUCUCCAUGGGGGCUGAUCCCACCGGUUUGAAGAUGGGCUCUAUGAACAACUACUCGUAUUGGCCUAUGGGCAUGCAGUCCUGGCCCUUGGUCCCGCAAGCGCCGCAAGGGGGCAAAUUUGGGCCUGUGGGCAGUUCGGAGAGCCACAGUGGUUCAGACGGAGGGCGCUCUUUGGUUCAGGCUGGCAUGCACAUGCGGUCGGGCUCUGAAUCGGAUGCACGCGCUCGCACGUCAAUGUCCCCGGACUCGGGUCACAACUAG